GAUGGAUAUAUUGGGAUAAGCCAAAGAGAACUCGUAACGCUUGAGAAGUAGAAGACGAAAAUGGAGAAGUACUUUGGGAACGCAUACAGGGGCGACCCGGGAGUUCCACAUGCCGACCCGGAACGGUUCGUGAACAUAUGGAUUGGGUCCGCUGCUUUCUCCGCCCUCACUUUUAUCAAUCCCUACAUGUGGACUCUCUCCAAUCAAUACAACUGGCAUGACAAAGCCAUGCUCUUUGAGCAACAUCACUGGAAGAAAGCUCUUAAGAAAAAUAAAGAUUACGAAUUUAAGUGGAACCAGUACAUGGAUAAAGAUGCACGAGACUCGUACUACUUCAAUUGGCCUGUUUACUUUCCAUAGGUUUCUCCAAUGUAUCAGCAUGCUGGUGCUUUUUUUCCGAAAUCUCCAGACAGGAAACUAUUGUAACACUAUGAGUUUAACCGCAUUUUUUAAACCUGGAAAUAUUUGGUGAUAUUGCCAUGUUGCUGCAUGGUUGCUUCCCUUAGUUUUCUCUAAUUAAUGUAAGUGCUUGGUCUUCUAUUUGAACUUGAGAUGCCAAAAGCAGGUCGGACAAUCCAUGUCAUAGAAUCGGAGUAUUUUCUUAUAGAGUCGGGAGCUACAUGCGAUGUGCAGAAACAGAAGUGAGUGGAGAAUGAAGUAGUUGCUCUAUUGUAUUGGUGGAUUUCAGCUGAUUGCAUUGCUUGUGCGUCAUAAUAUUAGUUUAACUUUUAUA